AGGGCCUUAGAAGAGUGUUACAGCUGUUUGCUGCUCUGAUUUGCAACCCAGCUGGCACUGAUGCUUCCUUGUGCAUUCCCUAAGACACUUGGUGAGCCUGGAGAAUCCACAGAGUAAACUGAAAUUCGAAGGAGCAGGAUGGUGGUGUGCUUUUAAAGCAGAGGCUUGACUUCAGGGCUGGUAAGAAGCAAGGCAGCUGCCAUGUGGAAAAAGAGCAGCACUCUGUGAUCCUGCAGAAAGCUGGGCUGCGGUGCAAGGAUGUCUGCAGUGCUGGGGAAUCAGCACACGAGAAAUGUGCAAGUGCUCUGGGGAGCAGCAGCCAGCACUGAAAACGAAUGGGGAUUGAAUUGCUUUGCCUCUGUUUCCUAUUUCUGCAAAGAAAUAACUAUGUGCAAGGGACCUGUUCUCAGGAAAGCGCAGUGACUUGUGAAGAUUGUUUGCUUUCCGGACCACACUGCGCUUGGUGUUUGCAAGAGAAUUACACAGACUCAGCUGGAAUUCAUGGGAGGUGUGAUACCUUGGAAAAUCUUUUGUCCAAAGGAUGCCAGUUGAAUUUGAUUGAGUUUCCCAUUUCAGAAGUAGAAAUUCACAGAAAUGAUCCCCUAACGGCAUCAGCCCAGAAGAACAGCUCUGAUGUCACACAGAUUUAUCCCCAGAAAUUAACUCUGAGGCUGCGACCAGGACAUGAAGAAACAAUACAGAUCAAGGUUCGCCAGACUGAAGAUUAUCCAAUUGAUCUCUACUACCUCAUGGAUCUUUCAGCUUCCAUGGAUGAUGAUCUGAAUACAAUCAAAGAACUGGGUUCAACUCUUUCCAAAGAGAUGUCAAAAUUGACAAGCAACUUUAGACUGGGAUUUGGAUCUUUUGUUGAAAAACCAGUUUCACCAUUUAUCAAAACUACAGCUGCAGAAAUAAACAACCCUUGCAGAAGUGUACCAUAUGAGUGUUUACCCACCUUUGGAUAUAAAAAUGUUUUGCCACUAACAAAUGAUGCUGAAAAAUUCAAUGAAAUCGUGAAAGGACAGCGCAUUUCUGCUAAUAUAGACACUCCAGAGGGAGGAUUUGAUGCAAUUAUGCAGGCAGCUGUUUGCAAGGAAAAAAUUGGAUGGAGGAAUGAUUCUCUACAUUUGCUGGUGUUUGUGAGUGAUGCUGAUUCCCAUUUCGGGAUGGACAGUAAACUGGCAGGGAUUGUUAUUCCUAAUGAUGGGAAUUGUCAUUUGGACCAUAAUAAUGAAUAUUCCAUGUCAACUGUUCUGGAGUAUCCCACAAUUGGACAAUUAAUCGACAAACUUGUGCAAAACAAUGUUCUAUUAAUUUUUGCUGUAACAAAUGAGCAAGUUCACAUAUAUGAGAAUUAUGCAAAGCUUAUUCCUGGGGCUACGGUUGGACGACUACAGAAGGAUUCUGGAAAUAUUCUCCAGUUGAUCAUUGCUGCAUAUCAGGAGCUGAGGUCUGAGGUUGAGUUGGAGAUCCUGGGAGAGACGGAAGGGCUCAAUCUCUCCUUCACGGCCAUCUGUAACAAUGGGACCUUUUUUCCACAUCAGAGGAAAUGCUCUCAUGUGAAAGUGGGAGAUACAGUCUCUUUCAACGUGACUGUAAGUCUCUCUUCUUGCGAAAAAACCAGAAGGCUCAUCAAGAUAAAACCUGUGGGGCUCAGUGACGUGCUGGAGAUGGAAAUUCAUCCCCUCUGCAGUUGUAGCUGUCAGGCCGAGGCGGAGAAGGAGAGCCCAAAGUGCAGCCAAGGGAAGGGCUCUCUGGAGUGCGGGGUGUGUGUGUGCAGCCCCGGGUACGUGGGGCCACGCUGCGAGUGCCACGAGAGCUCCCUGGGUGCCAGCUCCUGCAGGGGCCCGGCCGAGCACAGCUCCUGCAGCGGCAGAGGCGACUGCUACUGCGGGCACUGCCUGUGCCACCCGUCCCCCUUCGGAAAGGUGUACGGGCCCCGCUGCGAGUGCAAUGACUUCUCCUGCGUCAGGCACAGAGGGCUUCAGUGUGCAGGCAAUGGUGACUGUGACUGUGGGGAAUGCAAGUGCCACAGUGGAUGGACUGGUGAAUACUGUAAUUGCACAACUGAUACCAGCACCUGCAUUGCUGAGGACGGGACACUGUGCAGUGGGAGAGGUGACUGCAUCUGUGGGACAUGUGCUUGCACCCAUCCAGGUGCUUCGGGCCAAAUGUGUGAAAAAUGCCCUCUCUGCGGUGACCCCUGCAGUUCCAGACGGAGCUGUGUGGAAUGUCACUUGGCUUCCGAUGACAAGUCACUGGGAGAUUGCAGUGAAAAAUGCAAAUUGGUUGAUGCAACUGUCAGCAUGGCAAAGGAUUAUUCUGAGGAUAAAUCCAUUUCCUGCUCUUUGCAGGGGGAAAAUGAAUGUAUAACCACAUUUCUACUGGCUGCUGAUGAACAGGGAAGGACAGUCAUUCACAGCAUAGAACAGAAAGAUUGUGCACAGAAUCCAAAUAUCCCAAUGAUAGUGGUGGGUGUCACCCUUGCUAUCCUUCUAAUUGGCAUUGUUUUACUGUGUAUAUGGAAAUUAUUGGUGUCAGUUCAAGACCGAAAAGAGGUGGCCAAAUUUGAAGCAGAAAAAUCAAAAGUUAAAUGGCAAACGGAAACAAAUCCACUGUACAGAGGCUCAACAACCACUUUUAAAAAUGUGACUUACAAGAACCAAGAUAAGCAUAAAAGGCCCAUGGCUGCAGAUUUCUAUUAGCACCUCCAACACUACAAACUUAGUUUUACUGGCAGGAAAUCUGAAUCUAAACGUGUUUCUUCUCAGCUGAUUAUGUGAUAUUUGUUUGCAAGUUGCAGUGGUAUAACCAUUCUGUUAGAGAAUAUAUGUCUUGUGUCGGGACAAAUAAAGAUAACAUAUUAGUAGUAAAGGUUAGUAGAAAUAUUUUUUAUUUUUUUUAAUGACCCUUUAUUGUUAAAGCCCCCAUCUUAAAAAAAUGGCACCACAAAUAAUUUUAAUUUUGUCUUUAAUAUGAGGGUUAUAAAUUAUCACAUUGGCUUAUUUUUUGUUAAAUUAGAUAUAUGCAGUGAACUUUAUGCUAUUUUGUUCAUACACACAAUUCCAUAAAUGACUGUUUAGGAAUGUAUUUGUACUGGUCUAUUUGGCUGGUUUAAAUGUAGAAAAGAUUUUUUUUUCAUGAAUGCAGUUUAAACUACUGAGGACUGAGCUUUCUCAUAUCAUCUGUGUCACUGAAUAGUUUCUCACCAGAAAAAAAGUAGUGAUAGUGCCUGUCUUCUGUAAAUGUAAGUUAUAAAGAAACAUUUCUUCUCUAAUCCUUCUUUCAUUGUCCUGUUUCUCUCUUUCCUUUUCCUUGUUGCUCUUUGAUGUUCUUUAAAGACCUAGCCCCUGGGAUUGUCUCAGGGAAAGUUAAAUCAAGCCAAUCAAGCCUUAUUCACUUGCAGUUGUUUUGUGCUCACAAUACACCUCACAUGCUGGACCAUCACACAGUGGCUUAGGAGCCCUUUACAUACAGAAAUAUUCACAUAAAAGGUUUAUUAUCACACACAAAGACAGUACUCAUUUUUGGUAUGUCCAAAAUUGUGAGGUUCUUUCAAUGCCCAGCAGCCAAACUGCUUAUUCCUGUGCAUAACAACAUAUUCAGCUCUUUUGGGCUGGGUUGUUUGGUUUUGGAUUUGGUUUGGUUUAUUUUCCCCCAAACUAGACAACAAAAAAGAUCUAUGGAUUUCACUUCAUAUUAAUUUCUAUUAUCUUAAUGAGGAAUUUAAGUCUCCAUUUUAGCUAAUUACAAAUGACUUGCUGUAAAUUUUUGAAUUGUAAUCGGUUAGCAUGCAUAGCACUGAAUAAAGAAAGUAAAAAAGUAGCUAACAUGCUGGGAUAGAAAAAUUAUAACAUUGGACUAUUUUAAGGUAACAAUAAUGAACUUUACUUUUUAAUAUCACUUUUCAGCUGCAUUUUUGCUACUCUGAAACAGAUGGUCAAAAUGUACAUAUGAAGGUACCUAGAAUAGAAGACAUAGAAAUCAAAGGUACUUUGCCACUGUUACAAAUGAUCACGUACAUUCCCUAAGGUAAAUAGGGAAUUUAAUCUGAAAAAGUAUCGAUCUGAAUGUAUUUGAUCUGAAAAAGUCAAUGUCCAUUUUUUAAUAAAUAUUUAUCACGUUUGUACAGCUUCAGUCUCCAUAUUCUCCACAAUUUCUGGAACUGAGACUGGUUUAUUAGCAAGCUCUGACCCAUGCCUGUUUUAGGGCCUGAUCCAAAGCCUACCGGAGUCAAUGGCUGCAGAUGUGGAUCUAGUUUCAGUGAAACUAUUAGUUUUGGUUUACGAAGAUUGUUUUGUUUAAACAAACUGGUUAAUACUGUCUAUUAGUGAGUUAGAACCUGUAGUACAUAUGUCUGUACAAAGAGAAAUAGUAUCAGAUGCCUUUGGAAGGAAGGUGAUGCUGGAACCAUGUAUUAAGUACAAAAUUCUAGAGUGUGAUGGAAAUGAUGGCUGUGGUCCAGCUGGAACAGAUUUGCAACUGUGUUCUGGUAUUCCUGCAUAUCUCAUAGUGGAAAGUGCACAGAUAAAGGCUUGCAUCUAUGGCCCUUCCAACCACUAGACUCCCACAGAUGUCAGUGCAAGUUACAUAUGGGACCAAAUCCCAUUUCCCUGGCACGUGGAUAAAUUCAUGGGAUGCAAAGCUGUCCCCUGAAUCUGCUCAGAUUCCAUUUGGGUGAGGAUUGCCUAAGGAACUAGGGAAAUCUGGAUUUCACCCGUGUAGGUUAUCUGUUACUCUUUUGUUUCUCACGUAGAAGUCAUCAAAUUAUAAACUUUCUCUGAAAAAAAUCAAAAUACUUUUAUUACUCUUCAAGUAAUAAAAACCCUAUACCGUUUAUUAAAUACAUUUUAAGUUCUGAGAUCUGAUUUUGCUACUCAAUAUUAGGAUUGAAAGCCUUUCUCCUGUAGGCUGCCCAUCUCAAUAUUCCAACAUAUCUCAGCCUUCAAAUGUUAAUAACAAAUUGGUGUUUGUGUUUCAUAUCAAAUGCUUGGUGCUCUACAUCCCCUGUUCCUACAGGAGAUCUCAUUUCACAAACCUUCUCACCCUCUUCUUGUGUCUUCUGAUCAUCAGCAGAGAUCAAAUUUGUUAUGUUUACAGUCCAAUUGCUCCUGCUAACAAUCUCUUUCCAAAUUAUUAAAAAUGUUCAGGAGCCAGGCAGGAUGAUUUGCAAUUUCCCUGCUGUGACUCACUGUAGUAUAAAUUUUCUGUGCACCUUCCAAGUUGUCAGGCUGGAAAUCACUCAAACAGUUAGAAUUUAUCAGAAGAGAGAAAAUAGGACUUGGUGAGGAAGGUUUCUAUUAUUGAGGGAUAUGAAAUAACUCAAGUCAUACAUAUGAGCCAUCCUUUAAUAGCAUUAAUUUAGAUCAUAAAUUUUGACUAAACUUCCAGAUUUCAAGAACUUUGAAGAUCUCACUUGGCAUUCACCCUAUAAAAAAGAGUGGUAUUCAUCCCUUUUUGUUAACUAUAUAAUUUUCAUUUUGUAGAAUUUUAAUCAAAGUUCAUAUUUUUCUCUUUUUAAAAUUUCUUUCUCCACCAAGCUGUAAGUGAGUUUGUGUGUGGUAAGUGGGAUGAAAAAGUCUUUCUGCUGUUUUCACAAACACUGUUUUGACCUCAGGCUGGUCUUUGAGACUGGCCAAAACACUUUUUAAUAGUAAUACUUCUAUUCACUAAUGAUUUAAAUUGAAUAAAAGAAUAAUCAUUAGCAAUUUUAUGGUAGAUCUCAUACACCCUGUUCAGUAAUGUAUGUUAAAUGGACAAUGUUUCAUUUGAUUUAUAAAAGGUGCAUGUUAAUUUGUAUUGUAAAUGUCCAGAUUACAUUCAAGUUUGUUUUGUAAUGUAGCUAGUGGGUAAUGGGUCUGGGAUACAAGACUGGGGAGUCAAGUGCAAUACUCUCCAUGCUUCAUCUGCCUUUAUGUGAGAGUUCAGGUUUGUUUGGCAGCGUGUUAUUGCCAGAGUUAUUGCCCCCCAAAACUUACCACACACAAUCUAAAAAUAAAAAGACAAUUUUUAGCUUCAUCUAUUUGAAAGAAACCAGUAAAUCAUUCAACUUGUUUGUGUAAAAAAGGAGUUAUUUGACCUUGAAUAAAGAUUGUAAAAUUGAAUCAUUUUAUAA